AUCAUUUGAAAAUUUUUUAUUACACUCAAAAAAAAUUAUGCUCAAGAAAAUGAAGUUUCUUUCAUCACUUCUCAAGAGCAAAAGAAUUAGGUCUUCUUUACCAUCUUGUCACCAACAACCUAGAACACUUUCUUUCAAAGCCUUAGCCAACAAAAACAACAAUGACAUGUUCAAAACUAUUAAUUCAGCCUUUGACAUUAUUGAUGAAGAUUUAAGCCCUGAAUUAUCCCUUUUCACUGAUCAAUCUUUUGAGUGUGCUACUAGCUUCUCUACAUCUUCUGAGGAUCAUGAUCCAAUAGAGACAUUGAUCCAUGAAUUGUGUUCGGAUAAUGAUGACAACAACAACAACAAUAGGAUUUUCUUUGAGCUUGAUGAAACAAGUUCCAUUUUUGAGGCUUCAAAGGGUCCAUUAUUCAAGGAUAGUGUUGUUUUGUCCUUGGAUUCUAAUGACCCUUUUGUUGAUUUCAAGAAAUCAAUGGAGGAAAUGGUUGAAGCUCUUGGAUUGAAGGAGGAUUGGGAGGGUCUUGAAGAUCUCUUGUCUUGGUAUUUGAAGGUUAAUGAAAAAUCCAAUCAUGGCUAUAUUGUUGGUGCUUUUGUUGAUUUAUUGGUAGGUCUUGAAUUUUCUAAUAAUAAAAAUAAUAAUAAUUCUUCUUCUUCUAAUUCAUAUUUAUCUCCUAAUAUUCUUUCUUCUCCUUCUAAUAAUAAUUUAUCUUGUUAUAGUACUUUUCAAUCUUCUUCUUCUUGUAGCACUAGCACUACCCUUUAUGCUUCUAAUCAAUGUAUAGAAGGUGAAAGAGAGUGUCAUCAUAAUCAUAAUAGCCUUGUUAUUAGUGGCAGUUCUUCAUUGUUGUUAUUAGAGCAAGUUAAGGAAGAGAUUAUUCUUCAUGAAGAUAUUAUUGAUGAGGCUUCAUCUUCCUCUACUAGAAGUGCAUAA